GCAAGACUUACAUUGUCCAUGAAGUCAUUUUGCCCAUUGAAGAGGAUCGAUGUCAAAUUCAUGGAUGACCUGGGGACAAGUGAGGGAGCAAUCGAUUCUGGUGGGCCAAGGAGGGAGUUUCUCACUCUGCUUAUGGAACACCUCAAACAGGGUGCAUUAUUUGUUGGCCCUGAUGAAGCUAAAUUCCUGAAUUUCAACAGUAAAUCAAUGCAGAAUGAUGAUUACUUCACUGCUGGUGUUGCCAUUGCCCUCUCAGUUGUCCACGGGGGACCAGGACCACAGUUCCUUUCACCAAGCCUCUUUAGAGCACUGACGACUAGCCCUGAGGCCACAGUCAUUUCUGUUGAAGAGAUUACAGACCCAGAGCUUUGCAUCAACUUGCAGAGAUUAGCUUCUGGGGAUUAUGAUGCCUUCAACAACAUUGAGACCAUCGUAGAUAUGGCUGGGACAUUUGCAGUUAUCAACGACCCUCAAACAGCCAGGAAGGUUGCCUUAGACACUGCACACUGGUACUGUCUUGGUCGCAGUCGGUCUGCAUUUGAGAGGUUUGUAUUUCUUGGAAAUAAAAUGUUAUGGAUUAUAUUUUAUAAUGCACUGUAACUAACAGGGCUUUUUU